AUGAGCCUCAUGGGAAGAGAGUGGCUUCUCAUGCAGGAGACCUACUCACUGCCACAGCGCAGCAAGUCUCCCGCGUCAGAGCGCUUACACAGAGAGACGUACAUGGGCGCAACAAAGGGCCAGAAGGGCAAUGAGACGCUGAUCCCUGUGUUCUUCUCUCGUAACAAGCACGUGACAGCUUUCCCUCCAAGACUGCCAAAGACUUCUCGUCGCGAGGCUCGCAAACAAGUCGUUAUUCGCGCCCAUUGA